AAAAUAGUUGUGUUGCUGCCUUUGACGUUCAGCAAAAGUGCCUGCAAACGCCACCAAGCCAUAACAAUAUAGCUCGAAGGAAAAAAAAGUGGCACCCACGCCCACGCUGCUAGUCUCAUCUCACAGGUAUCUUCAAUUCUAGGACUUCUGAGUUUUCCGUCUUCCUAAAGGCAGGAAGAUAAGACGACCCUUUACUCCGUUCUUCAAGAUUGUUUCUCAAAUUUGUGGUAUUGAAUUGAAAUUUUUUGUCCUUUUUAUUGAUUUUCAUCUGGGCUGGUCAGAAUAGCAAGAAUAUGAAAUUUAAGUAUCUGGGAUGUCUUUAUUUUCAGUUAAGAGUUCAAGUUCUUGGGUUGAAGUAGUUAGAGGCAUGGUCUCAACUUAGAAUGCUAUGGAGAAAGGGACUUUCUUGCUUUUUAGCGUCAGAAGAAUUAUGCUGGUAAGUUUGGCUGUGUUUGAAAGAAGAAAAGGUCGAACUUUUGCUUCAUGGGUCUGUGCUUAUUUUCAAAAAAAUCUUACCUUGACUUGAUUUUCUCUGGUUUAUUCGAAUUGAGGUCAUUUAAGAGGCCUGUUAUUGUUAAAGCUAGCAGCUUUACUAAACUGUAUAGAGGUGCUUCUGCUCUUCUGCUUCUAGAUGAUUAUGAUUCUGGCUCAAAUAGUGAUAGCUCUUUAGUAGUGAAUGAAGUAGCUGUUCCAGAAAAUAGGCUGCAUACAUGUGACGGGCUCCAGUUGCUUUCCGUUGUGGUUAGAGUUAUAAAGUCGUUGAACUGGCGAGCUGCAAGAGAGAUGAGGUUCAGAGAAUCCGUAGAGAAGUAUGGUUUUCCAUUUUCUAUUGACGCCUUUAGGAUGACAGUGCAUGUAUUUGGGUUUGCUCGAAUGCCAAUGGAAAUGCAUGGUUUGCUUAGGGAUGUUUUAUAUUAUUAUCAAGAUGUCGGUUAUGAUAUGUUUGAGUUGCUUCCAAGUAUGUUAGAAUUGCUCAAUGAUGCGGAAACCUCGGCUGUUCUUGUUGAUGUCCUUAUAAAGCUUUUUGCUGCCAAUUCUAUGCUUGAAAAUGCAGUUGACGUGUUUUUCCAGGCUCAGAACAUUGGCGUUCAGCCUGGUAUACGGUCAUCUAAUUUCUUGCUUAAGUGCUUGGUAGAAGGGAGUAGAAGGCAAGAACUUUCAACUUUAUUUGAGGAAAUGAAGAACUCUGGGCCAUCUCCUUCUGUCUAUACGUAUACAAUUCUGAUGAAUUUCUACUGUAAUGAGCAAUACGCACAAGACAAGGUGGAUAUGCAACAAGCCACUUCAAUUCUUGAAGAAAUGGAUAAUAAUGGUAUUGAGCCAUCUGUUGUAACAUACAGUACAUAUAUUCAUGGACUUUGUAGAGUUGGAUUUGCUGUUUUAGCCUUGAAGCUUAUCCAGGACUUGAAGCAUAAUAACCAGCCCCUCAAUGUUUACUGCUACAAUGCUGUAAUGCAUGCAAUUUGUAGAAAUGGUAAACCAGAUGAAGCUAUGGGACUUUUGGGAGAAAUGAGGAGUUAUGGAAUCACACCCGACGUUUAUAGCUACAGCAUUCUAAUUGAUGGGUUCUGUGAAUGUGGAGAGAUUGAGAAAGGUCUUACUUUAUUUGAGGAGAUGGAGAGCCCUGAAGUAAAUAUAAAACCAUCUCUUGUUACCUAUAGCUCACUCUUAAAAGGACUAUCUGGGAUUGGACUGAUGGAAGCCUCAGUUGACAUGUUCCAUAGGCUUGGAAGUUAUGGAUACAAAUAUGACCAGCAUGCAUUCAGCAUCCUAAUAAGUGGAUAUCUUAUGCAGGGCAAUUUGGAUUCUGCCCAUGAACUCCUGGAGGAGAUGAUCAGAACUAAUUUGACUCCUUGUGCUAUAGAUUAUAAAAACUUGAUCAAUGGUUUCUGCAGGAUUGGUUCAAUUGAUAAGGCCUUGCAAUUGUUCAAUACUGUGAAAGACUCAGGAGUACGGCCUAAUACUUUAACUGUCAAUGACAUUGUAAGUGGGUACUGCAUGGAAGGAGAUAUCAGGGAAGCUUUGGAAUUUCUUGAAGAAAUGACGGACCAAGGCAUCAACCCCAACAUUUAUAGUUACAGUAUAAUAAUAAAUAGGCUGUGCAAGGAAGGAAAAUCUGAAUAUGCGUUGGAGCUUAUCCCUAUGAUGCUUAAAAGGAAUAUAUUACCAAAUGUUGUAGUUUAUAGCACUCUCGUAGAUGGUUUUGCUAAACAGGAAAAGUUAGAGAAGGCCUUAAUGUUGUAUACAAGAAUGAUAAAGUUUGGUGUUACUCCCAACACAAUCACUUUUACUAUCCUCAUAAAUGUAUUAUUCACCAUGGGUAAAGUGAAAGAGGCAUAUAAUUUGUUUGAAAAGAUGAUUUUGAAUGGCCUGGAUCCUGAUAGGAUAUGUUACACAUCAAUUAUAGCUGGAUUGUGUAAGAUUGGAUAUGUGAAGAUCGGUUUGAAGUUGUUUGAAGAAAUGCUGCAGAAAGGCCAUAUGCCUUCAGUUGUUACUUAUACUUGUUUAAUUGAUGGUUUUUGCAAACAAAAUCGAAUGGAUAUUGCAACCAUGUUGGUGGAUAAAAUGAGAAGACACAACAUGUCUCCUGAUGUGGUGACUUAUGAUGUUAUUAUUCAUGGAUACAUUAGGAAGGGACAAGUGCACAAACUUCAUUAUUUAUUUGACGAAAUGAGAAAGGAAGGCAUUGUUCCUGAUGAUAUUAUGUGUAAAACACUAGGGCUAAUUGGCUGUAGAUAAAGGAUGUUAAGCUGCAGAACAUGCUUUUACUAAGAGGGUUCUGGUGACCUUCUUAAUCUGUGGCAGCUGUUUUGUUCAAUACCUCUGCAAAGGUUGGAGAUGUGACCACUUUAUCCUUCUUGCAGCUGGCUUGGUGGAGCCCAAACUGGAUUGAAGGAAGGCCUUAGCAUGAAUGGGGAAUCUCUGAACUGUGGCUGUUCCCAUCAGGUUCUUUUUGGCAAGCACUCUGAUUGAAGAAAGGACUUAGCAUGAAAAGAGAAAUAAUCUCUAAUAUGUGGCCUGUGCCCAUCAGGUUCUGUUUACUAAGCACUCUGCUAUGGAUACUUUGUCCCCCUCUUCAUCUCAAACACAAGCAGAUGCAUUCUUGGUUCAAAUUAUGCAUCAUUUUCCUUUCCCUUUCAUUAGACUGAGUGAAUAAAGGAUUGGAUUUCACCAUCAUGUGCGCUGGCAGACUUCAAAUGCAGAAAUGUAGUGUGAGAAAGUUUUGUCUGUUGUUGUCCAACGAGUUGUAUGAUUAAAAGAGCCAAGUGUGAUACCAAGGCCACCUUUGGUAGCUGCAUUCAAUUCCAUUUAUUUCUUUAGAGGAAUUCUGGAUUGAUGCAAUCUCUUAAUAUCAAUUAGAAGGGUUAAUGCUGUGGAAACUCAAGUUAAAGAGUGGUGCCUUGAGAAUUCUACUUACAUCAGAUGGACAAACAAGAGCUAAAAAUUGAAACAUAGAGUCCACACACGUAUGAAGAUUUACAAAUGGAUCAACAUACAGUCCACAAACAUUGGAAGGUGGACAAAUAACAUGUCUAGUAAUCUUCAAGGUUGUCAACAGCAUCUGGCCUCACAGAAGCGUGCUUAAUCACACCAAUCAGAUACUGUCCCAAGCCAUUGGAGCUGCCAUUGUACUGUGUACCACUAGUUAGUCCAACAGUAACAUAUGGAAGUUGUACAUAUUUGCUUUACUAGUUAACUGGUAUUAAGCAUAAUGUGGUGGAGAUUAUGUUUUCGGUAAAUUUGUUCAAUCUUUGAUGCAUUCAAAUGUCCACUUAUUUCAGUUAAAUGUAAGUCUGAGUUUAAACAUGUAACUUGACAAAGUGGAAAGUGAAGUAGAACUGAAAAUUGACACAAAAAACCUUAAAGCUCCAAGGUAGGAAAACCUAGAUGUGCUGAUGCUUUAUAUACUCUUGUGUUGUCUUUCUCAGUGAGGAUUCCACUGGCACUGGUAACAUUGUUUAGUUUUGUUGUUGUGAUUAGCAGUAGUUCUAUGCUUGUUUUCCUCUUGGAGAUCAAAGCAGAUAUGUUGACUAAGGCCAGUGUAGAAGCCAAAACUUAGCUUGUAGCCUGUUUCUACAUGUAUGCUUAAGCCAAACAUGAAAAGUAAUUGGAUUAAAGCCUGGAGGUUGAUUAUUUCAUUAUUCUUUGCACUGUUGCUCGUGAAUAUAAAGCAAGAAUAUUUUGACUGAAGUAUCACACAGACCAGGAAUAGAAGUCUACCUGCUUUGGCAAGGUUUGAAUUUUCAUCACAACCAAGUGCCCAGAAAAAUUACCCACCAAGACCCUGAGCCUUGGCAAACCUGAUUUUAUUUUUGAUUGAUCUGGUAUCAUCAUAUCCGAUCCAGUUGGUUCCAGUAUACGAAUAGGUUGAUACUGUUGUGUGAUCAUAUACCACGGUAGUAGCUUUGUUUGCUAAAUUGAAGUCCACUAUAUCUUUAUAUGCCAUAAUACCUCCAUUUCCAGGACCAACUCUCACAGCGGGAGCUCCAUGAUCGUUUGGGCCCUUUAAUUGCCAUGUCCUGCCAUAUGCUGGCAUGCCCAUGACUUGCUUUGUCAAGGGAACACCAUUCUUCCAUGAAGAAACUCCAUAGCUAGUGCUGACAUUACUAGACCUUGUCAUAGACCAGCGCAUGAGCCCCAGUUACUGCAGCGUUCCAAGCACCAUGGCAGUCAGAGCACAUGGGAUUCAGAGAAUCAACAUAUUUCCUAAUGGCAGAACCAGGAUAGGCAUAUGGCAAUUCAGCUAACAAGAAUCUAGAAGCAAACAGCUGCAGAUGUCAGGAGUCGAGGUUUGCCUGAGGCAAGUGACUCCUUUUCUAAUGCAGCACGUCACUCCUUGAAGAGCAUUGCAAGGUUUGUCAUGUCUUGUCUGCUGUUUGGAAAUUCCCAAUCAAGAUCAAGACCGUCAAGCCCAUACUUUCUAGCUGCAUCUAUGGUAGACUGAGUGACUGCACCGCGAAUUCCUGGAUUGCUUACCAUGUUGUAGAAAGUGCAAGGACUUGCUGCUCCUCCCCUAAUGGACUGGAAGGGUCUUUUGCUGUUGCAUUUCUUCUAUGGAAUGUGGCUGUGAAGUUUCCCAUCCAUUGACCAUCCGGUUGCGUUAUAGAAAGCUGGUAUGUUGUGGCGUCAGGUUCGGCAAAGGCGUAGAAGAGGAGAGUGAAAUACGAAGUUGGUAUGCUUGAUGGAGGAAGCAUCUCUACUAUCUUGAACCUCAAAAAUAUACAUCUUACCCCCUCAAAUCAACAACCCCUGUGCAUAAUUUUCUUCCUAAAUGACCCCGAUUUUCCUAGUUUCUCAACGAUCAACGUUUAGAA